AUGAAUCUAGCGGGAGAGAAGAUAUUGCUUCAAUUACAUGAGCUUGAUGAAUUCAGACUAGGGGCGUAUGAGAAUGCAAAGCUAUACAAGGAAAAGACUAAGAGAUGGCAUGACAAGCAUAUCCAACAUCGUGAGUUCGUACCAGGGCAGCAGGUACUACUCUUUAACUUGAGACUGAGGUUAUUUCCGGGCAAGCUUAAGUCCCGUUGGUCUGGACCAUUUGUAGUGACUAGAAUCACCGCCCAUGGUGCAGUCGAGAUACAAACCAUGGAUGGGGUGUGCAAGUUUUUGGUGAAUGAGCAGUGUCUCAACCGAUAUUGGGGCGGUGAUUUUGACAAAAUGAAGGAGCAAGUGCUCCUUAAUGAUGAGUAG